AUGGCUGAAUGCAAUGCCGUAAGUACUCCCAUGGUCACUGGAUGUAAAUUAUCUAAAGUAGAUGAAACUCCUGAUGCUGAUCAAACUAUGUAUAGGUCAAUGAUAGGUAGUUUGCUAUACUUAACUUCAUCAAGACCUGAUUUAAUGCAGGCAAUUUGUAUGGUUUCUAGAUUCCAGUCUGCUCCUAAACAAUUUCAUUUUACAGUUAUUCAAAGAAUAUUCAAAUACAUUAAUGGUACUCUUGAUUUUGGUCUUUUGUAUCCUAGAAAUGACAAUUUUACUCUGCUAGCUUAUACUGAUGCUAAUUGGGCUGGUUGUGUGGAUGACAAAAAACUCACCAAUGGUGCUGCAUUUUUUCUUGGUGAUAGUCUUGUGACAUGGGACAACAAGAAACAAGAUUGCACCUCACUUUCUACAACAAAAGUCGAAUAUGUUGCAACUACAUCUUGUUGUACACAGUUGCUAUGGAUGGCUCAAACUCUUUUGGAUAUGGGUAUUAUUGUUGACAAACCUCUCACCAUAUUUUGUGACAAUACUAGUGCUAUAAGUCUCUCUAAAAAUCUGGUGAUGCAUUGUAGAAUGAAACACAUUGCAACUAGGUUACUCUUUCUUUGUGAAAAAAUAUUGACUAAUGAAGUUACAUUGCAAUAUGUUCCUACUCAAGCACAAGUUGCUGAUACUUUUACAAAGCCCUUGGCUACAGAUGCAUUUGAAAGACUUCGUUUGCGAUUGGGAGUUGUCUCUCAAUCUAACCUUGUUUAA